AUGCAAGGUGCAUUAGAGUUACCUCCUGGCUUCAGAUUUCACCCCACUGAUGAUGAGCUUGUGAAUCAUUAUUUAUGUAGAAAGUGUGCUUCUCUCCCAAUCUCUGUCCCUAUUAUCAAAGAAAUUGAUUUAUAUAAGUUUGAUCCAUGGCAUCUUCCCGAAAUGGCUCUUUACGGUGAGAAAGAAUGGUAUUUUUUCUCUCCACGGGACCGGAAAUAUCCAAACGGUUCACGGCCGAACCGGGCUGCCGGAACCGGUUACUGGAAAGCGACCGGAGCCGAUAAGCCGAUUGGGAAGCCGAAGCCGCUUGGGAUUAAGAAAGCUCUUGUUUUCUACGCUGGGAAAGCUCCUAAAGGUGUUAAAACUAAUUGGAUCAUGCAUGAAUAUCGACUUGCAAACGUUGAUAGAUCCGCAGCAAAAAAUAACCGCAAUUUAAGACUUGAUGAUUGGGUGUUGUGUCGAAUAUACAACAAGAAAGGGAAGAUUGAGAAAUACAAUGAUGAUGAAAAUACAAAAGAAUCAUCAAUGUUUUGUGAGGAUGUUCAAUUUGAGAAUGAGACGAAGCCUAAGAUCAAAACGAACGGUCACGAUGAUUUCGGGAUUAUAAACGAGCAGUUAUACACUGACACGUCAGAUUCGGUGCCACGGUUUCACACGGAUUCAAGCUGUUCUGAGCACGUGGUUUCGCCGGAUGUCACGUGCGAUAAGGAGGUUCAAAGUGAGCCGAAGUGGAACGAAUUUGAUCCAGUGUCGGCGUUUGAUUUUCAGUUGAAUUUUAUGGAUGAUGGUGAAGAUGACCCUUUUGCCCCUCAGGUUCAGUAUCAAAUGAAUCAACUUUCGGGUUGGCAUGAUGUGUUUACGUACCUGCCCAAGUAA